AUGUAAAAGAGACAAUAAAUCAAUCAAAUAGUCAAUUCUUUAAAAUAUAAAUUUUUCAAGUAAUCCUCCUUCUAUUUAGAGUUAUUUAUCUUAUACUUAAGUAAUGGUCGAACUAUUAGUGGAUAACUAUAAUUAUAUGCCUAACUUAGUAUCUAUAAUAUACUUAUUUAAAUUUUGGUCUUAAAGUUUAGUAUGUGUGGAGAAAUAAGGCAUAUACUGAUAUGAUUAAUCUAUUAUUGAAGUAACUUCUAAAAUAUUAAAUAGGUAUUUCACUAUUACAAUUUCUGUAAAAAAUUUGGGAAUUAGAACUUAUCUUACAAUAUUUUAUUUUUGCUUAGGCUUAGUGUUAUUUUCAAUAUUGUUAAUAAUGCUAUUGGCAUUUGUAAUUUAAAAUAAGAAAUUGUAGAAAGGACCAUUAAUAUUGUUACGUCUUUUGUUAAGAAUUAUUCUUACUUUUGGUUUCUGGCCAAUAGUAAGAAUGUAAUUUGGUUUAUUGGCAUGUGAAUAUAAUAAGAAAGGUAAAUUGAUUAUGAUGUUUGAAUAAUCUUAAGAGUGUUGGACAUCAGACUAUUAUAUUCAUGCAAUGAUGGCAAUAUUUGGAUUGAUUAUCACAUUGACAUUUAGUGUGUUGAUGGCACUUGUAACAUAUGAAUCAAGAAGAACAGAUUAAGAUGCUAAUGCAAUGAGAAAUGGAAGAUCUUAUUAUUAGUUGUUAAUCUAUAUUUUUACACAAAUAAUGACAUACUAAUUAUUAGCGACUCCUGAAUAUACAAUAUUAAUAAUUGCAGUCUUUUUGAUAGGUAGUUCUAUUGUAUUUAUUAAUACACAUAUAGAUCAACCUUAUUAUGAUACAUUUAUAUAAAAAAUGUGGUCAAUAUUAGCUGGAGUAAAUUUUUGGACAAUUAUUAUGAUGUUCUAUUCAUAUCUUUUAGAUGGUAAAACCUUCUAAAACACUAUUUAAGCAUGGUUAUUAGGUAUUCCUUUAAUUAUUGGAAUCAUUAUGUUUAGAUAAAGAGAAUCAUUUGAUUUAAUGAAAGCUAAUUUAAUAAAAUUUUAGAAUGGAUCAGAAGUCAUAAAGUUAUGUGAAUAUCUUUUAAUUCUUAUUAAUAACUCAAAUUAAUCUUAGAAAUAUUAACUAUUGAUUGAUAGUUAUAUUGAAGUUCAUAAAGAAGUUUGUAAUAGAAAUGAUUGCGUUGUGAAACUUAAAGAAGAAAUGGCAAAUAAAUUUAAAGGAAAUCCUAAAUACACUAAUAGAAAACAUAUUAUUAAUGAAUUGAUUACUUAAAUUUAUUAGGAAUCUAUUAAGAAUUUUCCUGAAGAUAUUUAAUUAAGACUCAGUUAUGUUUAUUUUCUUUAUGAGAAUAAAAAAUCAUACUCUUUAAUUAUGUCAGAACUUAUUUAAGCUAUGGAAUUCAAACCAACUUUUGAUUAUGAAUUUCAUAUUUAUAGAUACAAAUUAAUUAUUGAAGAGGAAUCUCAAUAGAAAGCAGAAUAAUUUGAUAUAUCUAAUUCAAUUAAAUAAAACAAGGAAUUAAUUGAUAUUUUAGAAUAAACAACAUUAUAAAUGAUAGAUUUUUGGAUUUCUAUGUCUGAUGAUCAUCCAGAUAUGCAUAAGUUAAUGAGUUUAGGUUUCAAAAUUUUAAAAUAAAAAGAAGAAAUUGAUUAAUAUUGGGCAAAGUUAAAAAAUAGCGACUCUUUAAAAUUAUUUAAUUUGAUGGCUAAAUUUCAUCAUUUAGUAUUAGAUGAUUAAGAAAUUUCAGAUCAAAUAUAAAAUCAACUUUGGGUAUUAUAGAAAAUUAAAUAAUAAGAAGUAAAUGAAAUAGAAGAAGUAUGCAAUAAAUCAAUACCAACAUUAGUAGUUACAGCAUAAUUUUAAAAUUUUCAUAUUUAAACAGUUAAUAAAGCUCUUUGUAGUCUUCUUGGUUAUUCUAAGACAGAUCUAAUUGGAAGAUCUGUAAAUUAAGUUAUACCAGAAUUGUAAAUAUUGAUAUAUAUCAUUAUAGAUAUGCCAUUCCACAUAAUUGUUGUUUGGAAUUAUUUAUUGAAAAUUAAGCAAAAUAUUAAUAAAAUUUAAUUACUUAGACUGUCUACUUAUAAGCAAAGAGUAAUUAUAUAAUUCCUCUAUAUUCAAAUGUAAAAUUAAUAUAAACAAAUAACAAUUAAUUGUAUUUUAUUGCAUAAUAUCAAUAAACUUUUAGUCCAAAAUAAUAAUGUUUAUUAUUAUUAGAUAGUGAAGGUUAUAUAGAAAAUAUUACAAGUUCUUGUAUUAUAUUAUUAAGAUUGGAUAUUAUUAAAAUAUAAAUGAGAAGAAUUAAUAUUAAAGAAUUAUUUCCUGAUUUUCAUUUUAGAAAAUAAGAAUUUCUAUCAAAAAGUGGAGCCAAAUUACAUCUUAUUCCUCAUGGUUUGAAAUAUAGUACAAGAACUUUAGAUACAGUAAGUAUUUAUGAAUAGAUCGAUUUUUAAUGCUAUUUAAAUUAUAUUUAAUUUCCAUGUCUUAAAGAUGAAUAAUUUUAUGGUAUAGUAAUGAGAUUAGAAAAAAUUAAAUGUCAUAAUGCUUCAGAAUCUAUUUUAAAAUUAGGUCCAUAAUAACCCAGAAAAACUAAAUUUCCUAUUUUUUAAUAUAUUCCUCCUUCAGUUUAUUAUUUGGAUUAUUUGAGUGUAACUGAGAUUGAAGAAUCAAUGGAUCUUAAAUCAUCUUAAGAUAAUUAACAUAAAUUAUCAAAAAUUGUAGAUUAUUUUUGUAUGGUUAAAAGGAUGUCUUAAUCUUAAAAACAUAGUAUUCAUUAUGAUAAUGGAAUUAAAGUAAAACGAUUAUGGGAUGGAUAAAUUAAAGAUUUAGAAGAAUUUAAUAUAGAUUAGUAAUAAUUAGAAGAUGAAGAAGAGGAAUAACUAAAUUCUUAAUUAUUAAGUAAGGAAAAAGAUAAAGAGAUGUAGGAAUUUCAACAUUACUUUGAAUUAUUUUAAUCUAAAACAUCAAUGUACAAAUUAUUAAUUAAUUCUAAUGUUUCAAAAGGAUUUUAGAUAUUAAAUUAUUUAGUGAAUAUAUCAUUAUUUAUUCUCUACAUAUCUGGUUUGUUAGUAUUUAUAUUUAAUUUGAAUGAUGAUACAAAUGUAUCUAGUAUGAUAUUUAAUUUGAGUUUGAAUAAUAAAAGAUUAUCAAGUUGUUUGAUGAUAUAAACAAUUCUAUAAGAUGUUAGAAUACUAAAUUAUGGUAGGUAGUUAAAUGAUAAUUAGGAUAACUUUGAAUAAUAAUAUAAAAGUAAUUUAGAUUAAUUAAAUUAAGAAAUAUAAGAUUUAAUUUAAAUCCAUACUUAAUUAAUCACAUCUGAAAUAUUAAUUAAUCAAGAAUAUCUAGAAUAUUCUGAUUUAUAUUUUUCAUCAAAUGUGGAACUUUAAUCAAUUGAUGGUAGUAAGGAAAAUUAUACAUAUAAAGAAGCUAUUGAUUUAUUAAUUGGUAAAGCUUUAUAUUUAAAUUCUGGAAACAUUUCUAAAUUUAAUGACUCUGAUGUUGAUUUUUAUUUUUACAACUACAACACGAUAAAUUCAGUAACAAAAAAUUAUUAAAUUCCUUUAAAUUAUCGUUAUUAUUCAAUUAAAUCUGUUGCAUAAAAUUCAUUAGAUAAUAAAUUGAUUUUUUUGAUUCUAUAAACCUUAUUACAAUUAGUUGCAUAUAUCUUAAUUGCCUUAUAUUUAAUUUAAUUUAAUAGAUUUUAACAUUAAAUUUAUGAAUUAUUUUUUGAAGUUAAUUAGAUACAAAUUAAAAAUAUAGUUUAGAAAUGCGAAUCUUUUUUAUCAUUCUUAAAUGUUGGAGAAGAUGAAAAUGUAUGAAAAAUAUUUACUAUAAAAUAGGAUGAAGUUUAAGAUGAGAAAGAAUAGAAAUACAUAUCUGAUUAGGAUGAAAACAAAAUGAUGAAUAAUAAAUAAAUAAAAAAUUGGAAAAAUAGCAAUAAAAAAUUCAAAAAAUUCAUGGCUGCUGUCUUCUUUAUAUUUGCAAUUAUUGAAGCAUAUUUUAUUUAUUAAUAUAUCUCAGCUUAAUAAGUUGUAGAAGCUACUUUUAAUUUGAGUCCCAUUUUAAAUGCAACAUCUUUAUUAGAAUCUCAAUAUAGAUUAGGAGACAAUGCUAUAAGAGAGUAUUUUGUAAAUCCGAAUUAGAGUAUUUAUUGUAAUCCUAAUCCUUUGAAAUUUAUCAAUAAUUAUUUUGAUAGACUUUAUGAAACUAAUGCAGAAAUGCAGACUAAAUUUACAUAAAAUUUAGAUUUGUUUUAACCUGAUUAUAUAAAUCUAUUUCAAUAACUAUUUGUCAAAAAUCCAUGUCCUACAUUAGGAUUAUUACAAGAAUUCAUUACAGAAGAUUAUUGUAACUCUUUUUUUAAUGGAGUUGUUUCUGAAGGUUUGUCUAUUGGAUUAACUAAAUAUUUUGAGAGUCUUGAAAUAUUCCUUUUAUAAUAUUAAGGAUAUUAAUAUUAACAUACUACUACUGAUGAAGGAGAGAAUAGUAAUGAAAUAAGAAAUUUAGUGAUAUUUUUAUUAAAUACUACUUUAAGUGUUGAAAUAAGAACUAUGGAGAAAGUAGUUAUAAGAUACACUUAAAGAUAUUUAAUUGAUUAAUUAGAAUAAAGUAUUAGAGAUUCAUUUAGUCAAUUAUCUUUAACAAGAAUCUUGCUAUUUAUUUGUUUUACAUUUUAUUUAUUAUUUAUAACUUUUUUCUUUUGGAUUCCCGCAAAUUAGAAUUUAGUUAGAUAAAUAUAAAAAAGUAGAACAUUAAUUUUAUGUAUGCCUAUGUCAACUUUGAUGAAGUAAUUAAUUAUUAAUUUUGAUUUAGUUCUGCCUUAGUUAGGAGAUAUAUAAGAUAAGUAUUGAAAAAUUGA